AUGGAAAACGCUAAUAAAAAACGAGAAAAACAAUUUCAUGACUCCUGGGCAUUCAUACUCUUUAUGCUGCUCACAAUCAUCCUAAACACCAUCUACAUCUUCAACACAUCAAACUUUGUGGAUGUGACUGUUAAGUUUUAUAACGACUACAAACUUGGACAGCUUCUGCUUGGAAACUUGGUCUUCACAAUAUCAAUCAUUGCAUUUAGUCUAGUGUUGUGCUAUUCGGUUCCAAAAUUCCUCAUAAUUCUGAGCAUUCUCCUUGUUCCGGCUGCAUCCAUCGCAGCAUGGUUCUUUGGUGCAAAGGAUUCCUCCUACUCAACCGUAGUAGGAACAGUAUUGCUUAUAAUUAACCUCAUCUUUAUUUUAAUAGUUUCAAUUGUGAUUCUCUCCCAUCUUGACUAUAUUGCCAAAGUCAUCUCCGUUGCUUCGCUGAUCUUCUUUAUGAAUAUUCUAGGAAUACUUCUUGUUAUAACGUUUGUAACCUCUAUCUUUGUGCUGCUCAGCAUCCCUGCUCUUCUUGUUGACUCAACGGAGCCGAUUAUUCAGAAUCUCAGAUAUCUUGAGAUUCUCAUGGCAUCUUGGCAGUUCUUUAUCGCUCUCUACUUUGUCCAGGUAUUCAUCUCCUCGAUUAUUGCUGCUGAGGUACAGAAAAGUGGGGAUGUCUUUGGAGCUGCAUUUACAAAUAGCUGCUAUGCCCUUGGGUCUAUCUCCUAUGGCGCACUGCUCGUUGCUAUUGUUACCACUUUGCAGGCCAUGAUUCAAGAUGCUCGUAGUAGAAAUAGAGAUAGGAAUGAAAGGCCAAAUCUCCUCCUUGCAAUUACUGGAGCUAUAGCAAGCCUUCUUCUUGAUAUUUUGGGUGAUAUUAUCAAAUUUGCAAAUGCUAUUGCCUUUCCAUACCUAAGUGUUAAUGGAACUAGCUAUGAAGAGUCAGUUGCCAAGUCCUUCCAAAUACUGACAAAUUCUGGAUUUGAGAAAGUUGCAUCCAUUUCUGGAGUAGGAUUUGUGAUAUUUACAAUGAUGCUCUCUUUCUUUGGCUCGUCAAUGCUAUUCAACUACUAUUUCUUCCUGAGUUAUAUUGGUCUCAGUGGAGAUCCUACACAGAAUAUAAUUGUUUCGAUAGUCGUGACGGUGUUGUUUGGUUUUAUAUUUGGAAUGGUGUUUAGUUUGUUGAGAGCAGCUGUUUUGGCUUUAAUAUAUACCACAAUUGCCAUGCCAGAUGAGACCAAGGAGUUUGAUCCAGAGUUUGUUGAAAUAUUAAACGAGAAGAAAAGGCAAUUUGAGCCAGCGGAGGCCAGUCACUAA